AAGCUGGCGUCUGUUGUUUUGUUUCCGUGUAUGUUUCCGUACGUUUUUUGCGAAGUCCUCGCAUCUUUUCGCACGAUCGCACGCCGCUUUAACCGGCCUGAAUUAAGCAAAAAUUGAGCGCUCUCACGGUGUGCCUUCGCAGCAUCGCUAGCAAGCGGCCAUGUUGCGGCUUUACUCGAGCCCGGCGUGACUUCCCAGCUCUGCCUGGUUGGUAGUCGAUCCCUCACCCCCUCUACGCUCGUCUCCUCGUAGCUGCCGCAAGUUGAUCAUCGAUACAGCCGAAAGAAGAAAAAAAUGGCCGAUUUCCUGCUCGAGCGCGAGCUUCCCAACCUCAAGGUUGCCGUGGACAGCAACACCUUGCUGGAAACUGACAAUGACGACUGCAUGGACUUGGACGAGAAUUCCAAGACCGAGAGAGGAGCCGACAUCACGGAGCCGCCACAGGUCAUCGUGCCCGCACGAAUCGCCGACCGCGAUCGCAAAAGUUCAGACGAAAUGGCAGCCGAUGACAUGGAUGACCCUGAAGCAUACAUGGUCCAGUAUGCAGAGCUCUACCGGAGCCUCGGCGUUGACCCUAGGCGCCCAGGAGGAACACGACUGAAUGCUGUGCAUAUCAGGGGCGUUACCGACAUGGCCACUGAAGAGGUUAUGGAGUACUUCAAAGACUACGACCCAACAUCCGUCGACUGGAUAAAUGACUAUGCUUGCAAUGUGGUGUGGCUUCGGAACCAGGACGCAGCCCGUGCUCUGCAAGAGCUGAGCCGACCACUACUCGUUAAGCCCAAGAACAGGGAAGACCUCGAUUCGCCUACUUUGGAAGCCAAGCCCCUACCAAGCUGCGUGUCCCCACUGAAUCGACCCGAGCAGCCUACGACUGCGGCUGGAAGCAUGAUUCGCCAGGAGUCAGCUGACGCAGGUGGAGUGGGUGAUGGAUGCGAGGAAGUUGUGGUCAUGUCAGACGACGAAUUUGGGGACGACGCGGGACCGUCUGUACCACCGGCCACCAAAAACACUGUGGAAGAUCGCGAGGAGCUGGACAUCUCCGAAGUUGGGGUCCCGGUGCCACCUGGAGAGUGGCGCCGAGCCAUCAGGCCACACCCUAAGGCCAAGAUCUUACUCCUGCGCUUUUCAAACAAGUAUGACAAGAAGAUGCCUGGAGCGGAAAAGCACAGCGAGUACUACAAGAAGUAUGGAAACCCGAAUUAUGGAGGAAUGACUGGUCUCAUCAGCAACUCCAGGAAGCGCAGGAUGCGGGAGGCAAAAAGCGCUUCGUUCGCCUUGGGCAGUGCCAGGUCUAUGGAUACUGGAGAUGACAGUGACAGAGAUCGUUCGCUGUUGGGUGCCAGGCAGCGUGCAGUGAAACGGAUGCGCAUGAGGAUGUACGCCGACGAAGAGGAAGAGAAGCAACGACGUGGGAAAAGGCCUGGGGCCCUGGGCACACCGACUCCCCCAACGCCGUGGUCUACGCCCGGAAACUCGCCUACGUCAGACGAAGAGACCUUUAGCCGCUCCCUCAGCAUCAGCGUCAGUGGCAGCAGCGUCUGGGACCGCCUGUCUGGUGGGCGAGCCAACCUGUUUCGAAGACAGGAACAGGAAGACAUCGACGAGUAUGGAGACGAUGAACAAGACCGAUUCCCAACUCCCAGACGAUCGCGCUACGUUGACCUGGACGACCCGAGCUUGCGGGAUGACUACGACCCUGCCGACGACAGCAUUGGUGGCGGCGGCUACGGCGAUGAUUUUGGUUUCGAGGACAGGGCGGGAUCAAGAAGGGGGUUAGGACUCGGCCGGAGAGACGAUGACGAAGGUGACGAGGAGGACGCUCGCAGGCUUCUAUCGACCGUUCGAAUGGCCGGCACAGAUCUGCGGUCCAAGCUUGAGAAGCUGAGGCAGAACAGGUCGGCGCCAGAACGUAUGAACGCGCUGCGAAUUUCUGUGUCAAAUGAGGCACCUUGAUUUGUAGCGUACGUGGCCAUGCGGUGGAUUCCUUCGGUGGUUUAGACACUGUGGGUGGGUUGUUUGUGUCUCGAAUGGGGGGUGUGAUAAGGACCUGCUUCCCGGAAGCAGCAUCUAAAAUAUCACAAUUGUUGCUCCUUGAGCAGCAAUAAAAUGAAAGCAGCAUGUUGCUGAAAGCAUUUCUGCGUUACAUUAUUUCUUGAAAAUGCCGGUGGGCAGGCAUGAAGCGCGACAAAACAUCGGUGACAUAGAGGGGCACGUUCUUCAUUUCACUUCAAUCGCUCGCAAUUUCGAGGCUCGCGUCGGUUGCACGGAUUCUACUGUUUCAUGGGCAUCUGCAACAGUGAAACCUCUUUUUCAGACUAGGCACUCGCUCUUAGGCACACAUAGGGCCGCUAGUCAGAAGGUUAAAUACUGUCAUGGCAGAUAUGUACCAAUUAUUUGCAAACAACUGCCAAAUUAGAGACUGGUGAUAAAGUCAGCAUGUGCUCCCAACACAUGUGAUAUCUUGGUGGUCAUUGUAUUUUUUCUUAUUUGCAAUUGUCUUUGUUGUUUAUUAAACCUAUAUGAGUUAGCCCCCUAUAUUUAGAAAGAAAGAAGACAUUGAGCUUAUGGCUUACACAUAAAAGAACAAUACACAUCAUUAAAGGCUGCAUUGAAAUAUUGGGGACAAUAUUUGCAAUUUAUAAACAAGGAAACAUCAAAAGGAAUUGAGCUGUGUAAAAUUUCAGAUUUGUGUCUAGGAGAGUGUGUUCCAAAUGCAAGUUUGGCUAAUUGACGUGUUGCAGCCUUGUUCCAAUGUUUUUGCACCCACAUUGUCAUGCUUGCUUUGCUUGUCAGUUGAAUAUUCAACUUUUUUUGUUGUUAUUUACAUCAAGCAAUUUCAAAUGAACCAAGACUGCCAAAACUUAUUUUACAUUUGUUUUAAAGCAGUAGUAUGUUUAAAUGAUGAAGGCAUACCUGCUUGUAGCAUGUUUUCGUUUUGCCACAACACUAUGAGAUAGCGUGGCUGACAAGGUUAUCGCACAAAAUUUUGUCUUCAACGGUUAUUGCAUUAUAGUUCCAAUACGGCUUCACCUAGGCUUGCAGCACGCAUCAUCAUCCGUAUAUAAAUACCCUCUCAUAAGGCAUCAUACUGAGUAAAAGUGUCACGCGUGCUGUCGAAAGCAACUAUACGUUUUGCAUGCCUGGGCGCAUCUCUUCCCUCACAGUUUGUUUUUGUCACUGUUAAACAUUUUAUGUUUACUAUGAAAAUAAAGAAGCUCAUUAUGGUGGCAGUCUA